UGCGUAAACAAAACAAGACUCCGUCAAGGAUCCGUCUGUCGUGUCUGCGGUGUGUUUUUCUUCACAGCCAUGUUGAGACCGAAAUUCGAUAAUUCGAGCGACGUUUGAGGCCCCCGUUUCACUGAACCGAGCGAGAAUAAAAAUGCCCAAGUGCGAUGCCAAGACCAGAUACAUCCCCGCGACCUUCGCAUGGACCCUGCUCAUCGUCGCCACCACUCUGUUCUUUUACUAUCCGGCGCAGUACUUCCUCCCGACCCACCCAUGGAUCCCAGCCUGUCAGGCGGUACUCACCUUCUUCGUCCUGGCCAACUUCACCCUGGCCACAUUUAUGGAUCCAGGCAUCAUACCCAAAGCGCCCCCUGACGAGGACAGAGACGACGACUUCCGCGCGCCCCUCUACAAAAACGCGGACAUAAACGGAAUUACCGUGCGAAUGAAGUGGUGCGUCACCUGCAAGUUUUACAGGCCACCCAGGUGUUCGCAUUGUAGUGUAUGUAACCACUGUAUCGAGACUUUCGACCACCACUGUCCCUGGGUGAACAACUGCAUCGGCAGACGGAACUAUCGCUUCUUCUUCUUCUUUCUGAUCACCCUCAGUUUGCACAUGAUCAGCAUUUUCGCUCUCAGCUUGAUUUUCGUGCUGCACAAUCAGAAAAGUAUACCGAGUACCGAACCGAUUGUGGCUAUUGGGCUAAUGGUUGUCGUAGCCUUGUUAGCUAUCCCGAUAUUCGGCUUGACAGGUUUCCACAUGGUCCUGGUGGCCAGGGGCCGAACCACUAAUGAACAAGUGACUGGGAAGUUCAAGGGGGGCUACAACCCCUUUUCAAGGGGCUGUUGGCAUAACUGUUGCUACACCCAGUUUGGGCCCCAAUUUCCUAGCCUAGUAAAACCGUAUAAGUACAAUGUGAAAAGGAAACAUUGCCCCCAUGGCCCCAUUGCCACGAUCACCAGCGAUAAUCAGGUGAAGACUUACAUGGACAACAGCAAUGGGGUCAGGAAUAUCAACUCGCAUGCUUAUAAUAAGAUGUCGCCGGGUCGGGACGCGAUGGACAUCGACAUGAUGGAGCCGUCCGCGUCUCAGUCGCAGGACUGCGAGCCGACGCCCCCCCUCCAAAGGCACGGCAGCAAGAGCAACUUCUUCUUGCCCCCCACCUCGAUGGCCCCCCCACAAAUUCAUCAGAACAUGAUGAUGGGAGGGGGCGGCGGGGGGCCGCCCAAUGGCGACGACUCGCCCGCCCGACAUCCGGUCAUGCGCGGGGCGUACUAUCCGGCGCGGGGAAGCCCCCAUCCGCGCCCCAGGGGGGUGGAGGGCUCGAGGGGCGGCACUCCUGACAGUUUAGGACCCCAAAGGGCUUCGCCCACCAUGCAGCAGCGAAUCAAAGCGCUGGGGGUUCCCACCCCCUUGGCCAUGUCUAGUCCAGUGAGAAGGUCGAACCCGAGCACGCCGACGCAGCCGCGCAGGCCCGAUUUUAUCGGGGUGGUUUAUGCGCAGCAGCAGCAACAACAAGCGACCGCUGCGCAGCAACAGCAGGCGAGCGGGAACUAUUACGAGUUUCAGCCGCAGGAGCGCGGUGGCGCUGUCGUCGGUCAGUACGGGGGAAGUCCGCAGCGUCGGUUCUUGUCUGAGGGCGAAUUAGUGCGGCAGGAGCAGCAGCUGAGUUACCCCCGGUCGAAUAACACGGUGGAUAACAUUAGGGAGUUGGCGAACUCGCCCCAGAGGGGGGUUUAUAUGUGGAAGGAUACGUCCCCGAGCGGUUAUCCCCCACCACAGGCCGACUUUUACCGAUCGAACCCGACUAGUCCGACUCAGCAGCAGCAGCAGCAACUCAGCUACGCGCCGCCCCCUCAACAGACCAGGACGUACCACCCGGCGAUGAGGGGCGGCGUGGCGGUUUAUCCGCCCCCCAGUCCCCAAGUCCACCGGAAAAUGGGCGCGAACGCGCCCAACGUGGGCGACAACAGGCGCAGGCCGAUGUCCUUUGUCCGGGCUCUGGAGAUGUCCGACACGGUGGAUUUGGGGGCGCAGGGGCACCCGAUGACGCAACGGCCCUCCACCCCCGACCGCACGAGCGUCUACGACAUGAAUUACGAGAUUUCCGUAUAGGGGCGGAGAGGGCACUCGUGUCGCAGGGAUGAUUGAGUGCCCUAAUGGCGAUUAUCCGUUUCUCUGUAUCAGAGACUGGGGCCCUAAUACCUUAGGGCGCGACACAUAUUAAAAAAAAAAGUAAAAAAACACGGGAGGCGCAGGUCACUUUCAUAAUAAUGUUUGACGCGUGAUUUGUUUUCAUUUCGGUUAACUGUACAACGAAAGUGAUAUAUCAAAUUGUAACAGUGAACUUCCCUCCCUCCCUUUCCUCAUCCCCUUCCCCCAGAUUGUUGUGCGUAGAUUUGUUGGGGUGUAAAAACGAUCCUUAAUAAACGCUAAAGGUGCUAAGAUGUUCCUAGAAAAGGGUUUCAUCGCCCCCCAAUUUUAUUUUAUUUUUUUGUUACUUUAUUAUUACCCCUUUCCGCAAAAGUCUUAACUUGUUUGUACAUAGUUUACUACGCCCCCUGUAUGUGUAUGUAAAUAGUUGUCUGUGUAGUGCGAGAACUCUCUCUAUCUCUAUCUAUCUUUAUUAAAUUAGAUAGUGUGCGUUAUUUUGUUUAAAUAAGUGCCAAAAACUCCCCCUCACCCCUUAAGUAAGACGCCAUCUACUGUAAAGAUUAUCGGUGUGACAAGGACAAAAAAAUAUAUAUUAUGUUUGUUGCACGUCGGUUGGUAUACAGGGUGAUAGAACCAGGAAGCAUUUACUUACGCCCCCCCCCCUGUAUAUGUGUGACCCUCUCCCUCCCCCCGAGUCCACUUUUGUCGUGUAUGUUAACCCGUUUUCUUUGUACUUAUAGAUUUGUAAUAUAGUUUUUGUUAAACCCUUAUAAAUAAAUUGUGAAAAGAACGUA